AUGGAUUUUCUAGACUAUCAGGCGUAUGGUGUACCAUUGACCGGUACCGAUGAUGAGCUGUUACCAGAGCCCGCCUCCAACCUAUCCCUUUUGGCGGCAAGUGGUCCAUCCGUGUCUGAGUUGAACACUUCGAUUCAGGGCGACAGUACUCCACCCUUAUUGAAUACCGAUAGUAACUUCAACUUUGAGGGAAAGGAUAAUCUACAUGAGCGCAUGGAAAUGUAUUCCGAGCUCACCGUGAAGCUGCUGCCGAUACAACCAGGUUUAGUACGCGAUAUCUUCGAGGAUGUCACCCCGCAAAGCUCAGACUUUCAGCACUUACUUAAGAAGGGAAACAAUGUUACAAGUGCUGUUUUGGUUAAGCGGCUUUCGCAUGUUUUAAAUGACAUGAACCAUCCGAAUUAUCAAUCAGAUUUGCAAUUAAAGAAAGCGCUCAUGAUAUUGCAGGAUAACCAGGGUGUUCUUGGCCUAGACGGUUCAAAAUUAGUGCGUCCAGACUUUCUCGGCUCAUUAUCUAGGAAGACAUUACGCUCGCAGCUGGAGAAGGAACUAUUGAAAGAUCAUCUUGCAACGCUGGAGAAUUUCCAACCAAUUGCCAGGAGAAUCAUGCGUCUUCGUCAGCCAGUAAAAAAUAUACAGGAAAUUAGCGAGAAAGUGUUGGAUGCGCAAGAAGCCCAGAAUAAGAGCCCUCUACAGGAUCCAUUGGUAUCCGAGGUACGCGAAAAGUUGGAAAUGUUAAAGCUCAAGAAAAGAGUAUUGGUAGGUAUUCGAGAAUCAUUAACACUAAAUCAGUUGGAGGAUGAACAACUCCGGAAUGGUGAAAUUGAAGAUUCCUAUCUCGAUGUACUUGAUAAAAUGAUGGAGAUCAAAGAACGAUCUACUUACUUAAUUGCCAUGAACUACGAGAAAGCAGGCAAGGCGCUUUUAGGAAACAUCAAUCAGUACUUACAGUUGGCAAAUAAGCGUAUUUAUAACUAUCUGCUGGGGUUUCUUUACGAUUAUGAAUCCAAUACAAAGACAUUUGGAGAACGAAAUUUUGAGGGCGACAACGUUGGACUUUCACUCUUUCAACGCUGUUUGGUAUACUUGUCCAACGACUUGGAGUACUUUAAUGAUUUUAUGAAAAAGGUAACUAGUAUGAGAUCCAAAAAACUUCUCGAUGAAUUCCUGAUCCCAUUUGUGAUUGAUAAUAACGAAGGCCGUUCAAUUAUAUUGUCCGCACAUGACCCAGCAAGGUAUCUUGGUGAUGUGCUUGCCCAUGUACACUCAUUAUUAGCCAACGAAGGCGACUUCCUGAAAUCACUCUUCAAAUAUCAGGAAGAACGGAUGGCUGAUAUGACUCAAUCGAUUUUCCAGAAGAACAAGGACAUUUUACAAAGUCUGCAUGUAAACAUGUUAAAUGAUAUAAUGAGCACCCUAUCAAAUUCUGUUAGAAUCAGAUUGGAACAAAUUGUUAGGUUUGAGGAAGAAGCGACGGUGACGUUUGAUAUUUCCCAAUUAUUAAGUCUUUACAAAUUGAUGUUCACGAAACAGGGGAUGCUUGAUGAUAAUAAAUUGGUAAAGGUUUUUGAUGAUUUAGCAGUUCUUGCAAAAACGAAAACAAUGAAUUACUACACCGAAUUCUUAUCUGAGGCUGUUAAAGAAGAGCCAGAGGUCACCGAUCUCUUACCCCCGAAGUGGCUUUCAAAGUAUCUGUCUGAUCUUACGGCACUGUUUGAUAAAAUAAACGGUAGUUCUGAGCAGACUGGUAUUGUGGAUAAGAAUUUCUUCACCAAGCUCGUCAAGACACCUUGCGAAAGUACUUUCCUCAAGCAGGCAGAGCUAUGUUUCCCCCUCGCUAAAAAGGACAGAAGAGUUAAGUUCGAUUUGCUAGUGCUGGAAAUCAAUGGCCUGGAUAUGAUAGUUUCUCGGCUAGGACCAUAUCGAACUAAUAUAUUUUCAGAUGAGUAUGGAAGUGAAGUUUAUGAUUCCCUCAAGCGGAGUUUGGACACAUUAUUGGGCCAAUUGGAAGUCCACCAAACUAGGAAUAUAUUGGAAAGCACUGGCCUGGAGCUGUACUACAAUCUUUUUAAUAUGAUAUUUCCAGUUGCGUCUGUGCAGGAUCCACUAGACUACGAUAUGUAUCUGUCUGCACAAGAAAAUCAAAUUAUGAAGUUAGAGACAAUUGAAACUAACAUUGCACAAAAGCUCUCUGACUACCUACCGAAAGCGUUGCUAGAUGUCCAGGAUACUUGGCUUCUCUAUUUAGCUUCUCCAAAGUUUGCAGACGACAUUGCCUCCCGGUCGUUCCAUGUGUUCGCCAACUUUUACGUUGUUUUUAAAAGUGUCCUGCUAAACAUAUUUCCAGAUGACCACCAACGGAUCAACUCUAUCUUUAUCUAUUCCGAAGAAGAAGUCAAAAUGUUGCUUGGCAUUAAUUGA